AUGAGGCCGUACCACGCCCUAGGCCCCAGGCAGAUGAGGAAUAUACUCAUCACUAGGAGCCAAUGGCUCCCGAGAUCUUUGCAAACUCGACAAAGUGUCGCAAGUGCAACUAGAUGCUAUGCGACACAGACACCGUCUAAAGUCGGACGACCUUUUGCAUACACAUGGCUUACAAAAGCAGCGCAAGAAACGACGCCAGACGACGUUCUGUCCAGUCUUCCAUCGGAUGCCGCAAGCUCAUCAACUGCACCCAUUUCCGUCCCUCUCCUCCUCGUCACCCCGAGCUUUGCACACUGGCUUGAUCCUUCCAGUUCAUUCCUCUCGCAAUUUUUAACUCGACUUUACGGAAGCUCCCCGGGAAUCAAUUCUCUUCACGCCGUCACGGCCGUCGUGGACACACUCCCAGAUACUACAUCCAACAACCCGGACUCCAGCGAAUCAGAAGGCCUGUCACUUUUGGCAGUAGACCCAUCGGAUGUUGCAGCAAAGGUUGCACCUCCGCGCCUGAUCAGAAGUUCCGCCAGCGAAGAAACCAAUCUUCUGUUUUCAAUUCAGACACCACACGCAGGGCAAGGCAAGAAGCCCGCUCAUGAGAUCGGAUUACGUCUUGCCAACACAAUUUUUGUCAAUGGAAAGGACACAACGAUAUUUGGCUCUCGAUGGCUUUGGGACAACAACUCAAAUGAGUUCGUCUUGGAUAAGGCAAUCGAUUUCACGAGCUGCAUGGUCACAGCGACUGCCGAGACGGUGGGUGCUACCUUGGAACUUCCAUUGCACCAAGUGACCGAACGGAGAAGGGUAAUUGCCAGCAUGGGUAACAUCCUAAGGCAACUUGCAAAGUCCACCGAUGCAACUUCGACAGAGCCCAUUCCUGCUUCCACUGACCUUGAGAAAGAGCUUCCACGCUAUAUCAAGGAACACAACAUCACUGAUCACCGGGUUUCUGUCUGGGCGUUGGUCGAAAAGCCCGAAUUGGUGGUGGCCGACUCGAGCUCAUCUACCCAUGAUCGCCUGGUCCAGUCCUUAAAACAGGGCGGGAAGCUGCACCGUGUUAUGAGUGGCGGAGGCGGUUGGGGGAAAAAGCAAGGCCUUCUUUCGCUGGACCCCGAAGUCAGCUUCUCGGGCACAAUCAACCCAAAUGAGCUUAUCCCUAUCAGUCAAGUUUUCGACCCCAAGAGCGGUGAGCCUCUAGACACUCUACCGUCUAUUGACCAAGGCAUCGCAGUUGACGACCUCUCCCUUCUAUCACAAGUCGCUACUGCAGGUGACUAUAUUCAGUUCUUUGUCUCGGUAGAACCGACUGAAAGCAACGCUUCGAGAAAAACCGACGUCAAUGACGAAGCUAUAAGCUAUCACUUUGGCAUGGUGGCUGACUCCAUGGAGCUUGAAGCUUACAACCCCGAGGACAGCAAAGAAAUCACUACUCUGCCUCAAACAUUUGGCGCGUUGUCCGAAAAGGCCAUUGCAUACUCUCAGCCAAUGAAUGGUGAUUCUAAGGCAGAUUCUAGUACAAAGCUGGAUGUGCCAGGUUGCCGGGUAACUUUGAACUCUCCCCGUCUAUGCGGUGAGUCCCCGUUGAUCGUCUAUGCGGACAUCUUGACAUUGAGCGAAUCGCCCAUGACUCCACCCCUCCGCGUCAUCCAUCCAGGUUGCUUCGAGGUGAAACUAAUCUCGUUAUCACAGCCCUUUUUCGGCGCGCUGGGCUGCACUUCCGCCAUCGUCUUCACCUGCUUCGGUGCUGCAUAUGGAACCGCUAAGGCCGGUGUCGGAGUCUGCUCCAUGGCCGUCCUCCGUCCCGACCUGAUCGUCAAGAACAUUGUCCCCAUUGUCAUGGCUGGUAUCAUUGGUAUCUACGGUCUGGUCGUGUCGGUCCUGGUCGCCAAUGACCUGACUCAGGCUCUCCCUCUCUACACUGGUUUUAUCCAGCUCGGUGCUGGUCUCUCUGUCGGUCUUGCUGGUCUUGCUGCGGGUUUCGCUAUUGGUAUUGUCGGUGAUGCAGGUGUUCGUGGAACAGCUCAACAGCCCAGACUGUACGUCGGAAUGAUUCUGAUUCUCAUUUUCGCCGAAGUCUUGGGUCUUUACGGGUUGAUUGUUGCUCUUCUGAUGAACUCCCGCUCCAAAGCAGUCUGCUAG